AUGCCGUGGAAAUGGUGUUCGCUGACUCUCCGUCAGAAGAUGAGGAUCUACUCCAGAAACAAUCAGACCCGGAUUAUGAACUUCGGGAAAGGUGAUACGAUGUCCCGGCAACGCUUCCACGCCAUCCUGUGGUCAUUGCACCUGAGCGACCCUAAAGAAGACGAAGAAAAUGAUCGCAAAAGGAACACCGCAGAGUACGAUAGACUUUUCAAGAUAAAGCCCCUGUACACUGAAAUCACUGCUGCCUGCAAAGCACAUUUCCAGCCCCAUCAAAACAUUUCAAUAGAUGAAAGGAUGGUCGUGUACACAGGGAAGAGUGAGUUCCUCUCAGGCCAGGGACUCAGCUACACCUCCGUGGUCGACCUCCUGCCUUUCCCUCUGCUCGAGCAGCACACAUCCCAAAAUCUGGCGCAAGAGUUGAGCCAGGUUGCAAAAGAGUGGGGCAUUCAAGACAAAAUUGCAGCCUGUGUCACUGACAAUGCAAGCAACAUUGUCAAGGCUGUGAAUGACAUUUUUAAGCGGAACCACAGCUUUGUGACAGGCUCAAAAGCCAUUCUGAUGGCACGGGGGCUCCAGAGAAUUGUUGCCCACAGGCAGAGAAACCCCUCCAUCUACGAACCUGUCAAAGGGAUGGUUAAUUUCCUUGCAGCGGAUUUGGAGAAAAUAUUUGGGCAAGUUGAAAGGGUCAGAGUGCUUGCUGAAACGACACUUUUGGACCCUCGCUUCAAAAAGCAUGCCUUUGUCAAUGAAAGGAACGCAGAGGAAACUGUGUCAAGAGUGGUGGGAGCAGCAACGCAUGCGGCAACACCAACAUUACCCAGCACAGAGGAGGAGGAGGAGGGUGGCACACCUGUGAGUCCUCCAAGUGAGCCAGUGGCUCAAUUCUGGGCUGACUUUGAGGAGCGAGUGACCACUGUGAGGCCAGGGAUCCAGAACUCGAUCACUGAGGCCAUGCUGGAGAUCAAGGGAUUCUUGGCAGAGCCACUUAUCCCCCGAAAGGCUGACCCCCUGGAAUGGUGGAGAGUUCGAGCCCUUGUAGCUUCCAGGAUGAGAGCAUCCAGGAUGAGAGCAUGGUUUCCUCUGACACUGAGUACACUCCAGAACCCAUCACAUCUGGUCAAAGAAGAGUGGCCCGGGGUAGAACCAGAGGAGGACGUGCGAGAGCAACGAGGGGGCGAGGAAGAGGCAGAGGCAGAGGAAGAGGACGGGGAGGUCAGACUAAGACGGGUCUUGGUCAAGAGGACCUUCAAAGAGUUGAAGAUCUGCAAGCUCAAAGGAUUGCAGAGGAGCAGUUGUACUUUCUGUGAGAGCUUCAGUGAAACAUGUUCUGUUCUCUGUCUGUCUCUCUCUGUGCAGCAGCUGACCAGCUCUAUGUUGGCAGUGGCAUUCCUGACCUCCUUUGGGAGCUCCAUGCUUUAUGGCUACAACCUGGCAGUGGUCAACUCCCCCGCCGUGUACAUAAAGGACUUCUACAACAAGACAGCCCUGAGUCGUAAUGGGACUGGCCUCAGCGGGGAGACCCUCACUCUGAUGUACUCUCUCACUGUGUCCGUCUUCGCUAUUGGAGGUCUGCUGGGCUCCGUCGUCGUGGGCAUGCUGGUCUCUCGCUUUGGCAGGAAAGGCACACUGGUAAACACAACAGUGCUGGUGUUUAUUGCCAGCACCCUGAUGGGCUUCAGCAGGAUUUGUGGUUCACCUGAGAUGGUCAUCAUUGGUCGCUUCAUCACAGGAAUUCAUUCAGGCAUCUCUCUUAGUGUGGUCCCAAUGUACCUGGGUGAGAUAGCUCCGAAGAACCUGCGAGGCUUCCUUGGACUUGUGCCGAGUAUCUUUAUUGGCACCGGAGUGUUCACCGCACAAAUCCUCGGUCUACAUGAGCUUCUGGGAAAGGAGGAGCACUGGCCCCUGUUUCUUUCAGUGGUGGUGGUACCCACAAUCAUCCAGUUCAUGCUGUUGCCAUGGUUCCCAGAAAGCCCCAGAUACCUACUGAUGGAGAAGCAGAACGUCCAUGCCACCAUUACAGCCCUGAAGUGGUACAGAGCCAAGUGUAACAUCCAGGCGGAGAUUGAAGAGAUGCAGGAGGAGCAGCGCUCCUUGUCGUCAGUGGAGACGCUGUCCGUAUGGAAGCUGUUGCAGGACAACACGGUCCGCUGGCAGGUGCUGAGUGUGGUGGUCAUUAACAUCGGGAUGCAGCUGUCUGGCAUCGAUGCUAUCUGGUUCUAUACCAAUGACAUCUUUGAGAAUGCAGGUAUCCCAGAACCAGAGAUCCAGUAUACCACAGCAGGAACUGGAAUUAUAGAAAUCAUCGCGGGACUCAUUGGGUGUUUCUCCAUAGAGAGGCUGGGCAGGAGGCCUCUAAUGAUCGGGGGGUUCGCCAUGAUGGGCAUCUGCAGCGCUGGAAUCACAGUAUCACUCAUUUUACAGGUUCACUUACCUUUCAUGCGCUACAUCAGUGUCUGCUGUGUGGUGGGCAUCAUCGCUGGCUUCUGUAUCGGCCCAGCUGGGGUUCCCUUCCUGAUCACAGCGGAGCUGUUCAAACAGUCUCACCGGCCGGCAGCCUACAUAGUAGGAGGGUCCCUGAACUGGCUGUCUAACUUCACUGUGGGCUUUUUCUUCCCCUUCUUACAGAUGUCAGCGGGGUCCUACUGCUACUUGGUGUUUGCCACUAUUUGCAUUUCUGUGGCCAUCUAUGUCUACGUUGUGAUCCCAGAGACCAAAAACAAGACCUUCAUGGAGAUCAGCCGCAUGUUCUCUAAAAAGGAGGCAGUACUGGAGACCCAAGGCCUGGUCCACGUGGACCAGCUGAAACUGAAGAAGAUGAACGGCUACGGUGGUGUGGAACAUGCUUCACUGGAGUUCGACAGCUCUUCAUCUGUCCCUUAA